AUGGCUGGUAUCGUGUCUCGGCAGCAUGGUCAAAGGGCAGUUUUCGAACAUACGAAUAUUGGCCAGGAAGGCCGGUGUGGAUGGCAGGUCGUCUUCGCAGUUUCGACCACCCAGCAGGAUGAGUGCGCAAGUUUUCUGCGUACGGGUUCAACGCGCGUCCUCCACCUUUCCAAAUUGGUCGCUGGGCGUGGGUUCGUCCUCAACGGGUGCGGAUAUCGGAUUCUGAAGACUGUUUUCAGCAACCGCGGUGACUUGUACAGAACUGUGACUCCCGAGGCAUCUUACAAGAAGGUUGAAAGGCAUAUUUGA